AUGGGGGCCGCCUUGCGGCCAGGGCCGCAGCUCCUGGGCCUCGGCGGCAAGGGCGGCAAGGGCCACGCGGGCGCCAGCGGCCAGCACGGGGCUCCUGGAGGCGGCGACGCUGGAGGAGGAGGCCCCGCCGCUCCUGGCCUGCAGCUUGUCGGAGGCGGGGGAUUCUCCAAGGGCCCUCCGCGACAGUUCGGAGACCAGGACCUGCCCUGGCUCAAGCAGCUCGCCGCCACCUUCAAAGAGCUGGGGGACAAGCAGCAGUUCGAGCAUGCCUUCGAGGCUGCCAGGGUCCAGCUGGACAAGGCAGUCCAGGCGGCGGAGCGCAUCGAGCAGUCGCUGGCGGAGGCCAAAGGGAAAGCGGUGCUGGCGCACACCGAGUACAAGCGCAGAGAGGCCGAGUACCAUGACACUGUUCGUGCGCUGCAGCAAGUUCUCCCUGCAGGUCCAGGCGCGGUGCCUGACAGCAAGGGAAGACCACUGCUGGACCUCAACGCGUUGCUCGACGGGGCUGAUGUGGAGUUGGACGAUCGAGGGGCUUUCGGCAUCGACGACGAGGGGUUCGUGCUCUCCUCUUCUGAACGUGCUGAGCUGGAUCGACGCAGGGCGGAGUUGCUCGGUAUCUUCAGGGGGGCCACCAAAGCCGCUUUCGGCCAGGCCAAGGGGAAGGCCGCCAGCCUGGUGGAGGAGCACAAGGAGUUCAACCGCCGCAUGCCCGACUCCAAGCGCAGGGGCCAGCAGCAGGUGCGGGUGUUGCUGAAGUGCCGACCACGCCUGUGGCGACGGGAGACGGCAUGCAGGACCAUGAUCG